UCGAAAGUUGUCAAACAUAACAUAACCUAUUGUAACACACUUCUAACAUUACUCAUUUAUAACAAUUUAGAUUUAUUUAAAGUAUUAAAAUCAUAAGCAUUUGGUAAAAAAGUAAUAUUUAUUUUAAACUAAUGUUUUAUAAAAAAUGUCAAGCACAAUUAACAGUGUAAUAACUAAUAGAGAUCGAGAUUGUUUGGCUUGCAGAAUUAUUAGUGGUGGUGGUCUGAUUGGAUCAGGCAUUUACGUUUAUUAUCAUUCAAAGAAAUUACAAAAACCUAAAGGAAAAACAGUAAUGUAUACUAUCGCAAGUGCACUGGUUUUAUUGGGGACUGCUAGAAUAAUGGAUCUACCACCGUUUCGAAACCAAUUUAAUCAUAGAUAAUGGAUAAAUAUUUAAAUAUAUAAGAUAAAAUAUUAAAACUAUGAACAGAUUAUAAUAUUGUUCAUGUAACAUA